AUGGGAAGCCUGACACCAGGAGUGAACUGGCACGUCCGACAAGACAAGAAGUACCUCCGACCCACACCUAUCGAAGAGUUUCGGACCAAUAAUCGCGAAUACAUCAAGGACAAAAUCGACAAGAACAUCAUCGAUGACCAUUGGAAACUCAUGCUUGACGAGAUCAUGACAGAGGUCGAGAUGGGUAGGAUGAAGGGCCCUUUCGCAGCGCCGGAAAGGUGGCCAGUCCCCUCCGUUGCUCCGGGACGCCAAGGAUUCGACAAAGUCCUCCCGUUACCCCACGACGACCCGUUCAUCGCGAUGGCUUUCAGCAUCGAACAGACCGGGAGCGACGGCAACACUAAGAUACGCCGAGGCGAAGAUUGGCGCCGAAGUGGACACAAGGCAACAUGUACAAUGCACGGUCAGCCUUAUCACCAUACGCCAGACCACUUCGUUUCCCUCGGCCGCGCCUUCCUCGACGAUCAACGACAAAUGCAGCUCCGAGUUUGGGGGCAUGACCAUGACGGAGCUUGUCGCCAGCUUCCAUUACACGAUCCACGAGAAGCGUAUGUGCUUGUCUUGACUCCGAUGGGCCCUACUCUCUGGAGUCACAAUGUCCUCCUGUUCGGGUCGGCAGCUAGCACCACACCGGAUACAGGGAGUCCUCAUCUCAUCUCCUCCGAUGACGAGAAGAUGGCGGGCAAGUGCAAUUUCUUGACGGGUAGAUUGUUUGGCAAAGUGGGAC